GUCGCCUGGCACGAGAGUUCAGCCAACCCUUGACUGAGUCAUCAACAUGACGAUGCUUCUUUAACAAGUUUGAAAGUAGAAAACAGUUUAUUUCUGCAAUAUUAACCUAGUUUUAUUGGAACUUAAAGCCAACUUCUUGAUGUUCUUGUUCAUGUGAUAAUGGCAACAAGUCCUAAAGAGAGAAAUGUUGUUUUGAUUCCUGUUGAUGGUAGCAAAAACAGUAUACGAGCAUUCGAUUGGUACAAAGAUCAUUAUCACCAAGAGAAUGACAAAGUUCUCAUUGUUAGUGCAUAUGAAAUACCCCCUAUGCAAGCUGCAAAACAUGCAAGUGUAGAUUUUAAAAACCAGUUGCUGGAGUGGCAAAUUCUACGGCAGAAAGCUGAAGACAAAGCACGCAGCAUUCUAAAAGUAUUCGAGCAGCGUUGUUUGCCUUUCAAGGAGUUAAUUUCCUACCGUCUCCUACCUGGAGGAGGGAAGGCAGGGGAAGUGAUCAUAGGAAUAGCCAAGCAAGAGAAUGUUGAUGAAAUAAUCAUAGGCUCUAGAGGCCUCAGCAAGUUCAGGAGGACGAUUUUAGGCAGUGUUAGUGACUAUGUGGUGCACCAUGCUAGUGUGCCUGUUAUAGUCGUACCACCUGGUUAACAGAUUUUAUAUUUAGGGGGCUACUACCACUGACGAAGAGCUUUCACCAGCAGAACAAUAUCAUUGUCAGACUCUUCAUUAGUUGUGGUAAUAUGUUGUAAUUUCUGUUAAUCUUGUUGAACAGGUUGUACAAAUGACUUCGAAUCUAUAGGACAUUGCACUGGGAUGUAUUACUGGCUAUGUAUGUGGGAUCAGGGAUCGGCUUUAUUUUGAAGAUCAGAUAUCAAAACUAGGUUGGAUCAUUUUGAAAAUAUUGGGAUCACAAUGAUUUUCUGGAGACCUUUGGAACAUAUGAUUAUGGGAUCAGUGAUCACGAUUUCACUCAAUUUAGGGAUAAAGGAUCAUUUUUUAUCCUUUGGAUCAGGAUCAUUUAAAAAUGUAUAUAACACCGUUACUCCUCAAAAUAAAGGACGUUGUCAUGGGGUUUGGUUAUGGAAGAUGCUGGUGGUUCCUAACAAAAAAAUUGAGUAUUAGGAAUGAGCUAUUGCUAUUGAUACAAUUAA